UUCAAGAACUAAAAUAAAGUAACUUCAGAGAUAGUUUCGUCUCAAAAAACUUGUUGCCUCUGAAGAGUAAUCAAUGGCAGAAUCCCCCAUGAAUAUCCAGAAAAGUUUUGACAGGUAUGCAGUUGUGACAGGGGCAAACAAAGGAAUAGGAUUUGAGAUAUGCAGGCAGUUAGCUUCUCAAGGAAUCACUGUGGUGUUGACUGCCAGAGAUGAGAAGCGGGGACUUGAUGCCUUUCACAAACUUAAAGCGACUGAUGGUCUUUCUGGUGAUCUUCUCUUUCAGCAGCUUGACGUUGCUGAUCCAUCUAGUGUUGCUGCCAUUGCUGAAUUCGUCAAGACUCAGCUUGGAAGGCUUGAUAUCUUGGUGAAUAAUGCUGGGGUUGGGGGAUCCAUUGUUGAUAGUGAAGCUCUAAAGGCUAGUACAGUGGGGCCUGACUUUGACUGGAAGAAGAUAAUCACGGAGACAUAUGAGUUAUCAGCAGAAUGCUUGCAAAUAAACUACUAUGGUGCAAAAAGAAUGAUUGAAGCCUUCCUUCCACUUCUCCAACUAUCUCCAUCACCAAGAAUUGUAAAUGUAUCUUCAUCCAUGGGGAGGUUAAUGAACGUACCUAAUGAAUGGGCUAAAGGAAUCUUCAGGGAUGUUGAUAACCUCACAGAAGAGAGGGUGGAUGAGGUACUAAAUGAAUAUCUCAAAGACUUCAAAGAGGGCUUGCUUGAAGCCAAUGACUGGCCUAUAGCGUACACCCUAGCUAAAGCGAGCAUGAAUGCUUACACAAGAAUUGUUGCUGGAAAGUUUCCUAGGUUCAAGGUGAAUUGUGUCUGUCCCGGCUAUGUGAAAACAGAUAUAACCUUCAAUUGUGGCAUAUUGACGGUAGAAGAAGGUGCUGAAUCUCCAGUGAUGCUAGCUUUACUGCCCGAUGAUGGUCCUUCUGGCGUGUUCUUUUUCCGCAAGGGAUUGUCAUCUUUUGAAUGAAAAUGAUCAUUCAUGGAUACUGAAACAGAUAACUGCAGCAUCUGAAGGCAAUCUAAUAUAGUUUCUUAUUAAA